GAUUUUUGACAGUACCCAACGUGUAUGAAAGUAGCAUGAAGUUUUGUUCGCUGUGUGCUCGAUGAAUCUGUUAAAAUAGUGUUUCUUUGAAUAAAAAGUUUCAAUCAAAUAGAUUAUUAAGUUCCAAAGCCAUUGUUUAUUUAAUAAACAUCAAUCGAUUUGGUUUAUAUCAAUAUAUUUAUAAAAAUGGAUACUAAAAUGUGGUUCGCUAUCACUGUGGUUUUUAGCAUGGUAUCGUUUAUUACAGCUUUAAAAGAAGGAGAUUGCGAAGUAUGCGUAGUUACUGUAAAUAAAUUUGCUGAAACUUUAACGAGUGAUGUUAAAAGCGAUUACAAAAAAAUAGAAUCACAAUUCAAAGAAUUUUGUAAAACAACAAAGUCUAAAGAAAACAGAUUUUGCUAUUAUUUAGGUGGUUUAGAAGAAUCUGCAACAGGGAUUUUGGGAGAACUUAGUAAACCUUUAUCAUGGUCUAUGCCAGCAGAUAAAAUAUGUGAAAAACUAAAGAAAAAGGAUGCACAAAUAUGUGAUCUAAGAUUUGAAAAACAAAUAGAUCUUAGAACAGUUGAUUUGAAAAAGUUAAAAGUAAGAGACUUGAAAAAAAUAUUAAAUGAUUGGGAUGAAUCGUGCGAAGGAUGUAUAGAAAAGACAGAUUUUAUUAAACGGAUCGAAGAACUUAAGCCUAAAUAUUCGAGCAGUUCUAAAACGGAGCUUUGAAGAGAAUCCUGAGAUAUAAAUAAAUAAUUAAGAUAUCAUAACUGAAA